AGUUCCCGCUCCCGCGGCCAGCAACUCUGCAGAGCCUCCUUAAAACUGCCGUUAAAAUGGGGGCGGGUUUUUCAACUCAAAAAGCGCUCAAUUUUUUUCUUUUCAAAAAAAGCUGAUGAAGUCGGAAAAAGGGAGAAGAAACCGGCACCGUCUCUGCAGCAGCAACAGAAGCAGCAAUUGUUUGAGCGAAAAAAGAAGCAAGGGAGGGAGGGAAGGAAAAGACCAGAAAGGGGCACGACGCACAAGUGUCUGUAGGGGUGAAGGGAGCCGGGACCGGUGAUUUGAGGGGGACCAGCUACAGAAGAAACUGUCACUGGGAGCGCUGCGGCUCCGGAGGAAGCAGUGCUACCCGGCUCCGCUCCGGGCACAGCUGGCUGGCGGCCUCUGCCCUUUCGGCGCCACAGGCUGGGGGCACAGGCCAGGGGACCGCGAGAGGUUGGCGAAGUGGCACCGGGCGCCGAAGCCGUUGGGCUUUCCCCGAGAGGGCAGCGGGACUGGCUGUGCCUUGGAAUUGUGGCAGCACCCCAUGCUCGAAGCUUGGCCUGAGACCUCCCGGGACCCUCGCGAUCUCCAGAGGCCCUCAGAAAACCGGGAAAGGAAGGAAAAGAGGCGGCGGCAGCUGAAUGAACUUCUGCAGUAGGAAGUCUGAACUGGCUUGGUCGUAGGCGGGAAGUUACCGGUGGGCUGCCGUGUGCGACCGCGAUGCUGCAGCGCGCUGCCUCAGCGGACCCGGACCCGUAGACGCUUCCCGCAUCGCUCUCCCCCGUCCUCGCUUCUGCAAGUCCCGGGACCCUGUGGGGCCGGCAUGACCGGCUUGCCGGGGACCCGCCGCGCGCCCGGCUGUCUCCGGAGACGCGCGCCGAGCCUGGCUCCCACGGCCUCUGAGGCUCGGCGGGGCUGCGGUAGCCGGGCGGGCGGGCUCCGGAGCCCUCCCGCGCGGCGUUAGCCCGCAGCUCGGCCCGGACGUAAAUAAAGGCUCUUCCCGAGAAGCCAAGGCCACCGAGGAGCUGCUGCGAUCUGUAACUUGAGGGCCACGGAACUGCUACUCUGGUUUGCUUUUGGCGAUCAUCUUUAACCCCCAGAGCACGUCAGCAGCCAGCCACCGCGGCGCUCCCCCUGCAGCGGAGGACGCACGACUACUCUUUCGGCGAGACGGAUGGAGACCGAGUCCCCCCGAGGACCUGCCCUGCGGUUCUGGCUCGCGUGGCUCAGGUCACCACCGUGAACAAGGGACCCUAAAGAAUGGCCGAGCCUUGGGGGAACGAGUUGGCGUCCGCAGCUGCCAGGGGGGACCUAGAGCAACUUACUAGUUUGUUGCAAAAUAAUGUAAACGUCAAUGCACAAAAUGGAUUUGGAAGGACUGCGCUGCAGGUUAUGAAACUUGGAAAUCCAGAGAUUGCCAGGAGACUACUACUUAGAGGUGCUAAUCCCGAUUUGAAAGACCGAACUGGUUUCGCUGUCAUUCACGAUGCAGCCAGAGCAGGUUUCCUGGACACUUUACAGACUUUGCUGGAGUUUCAAGCUGAUGUGAACAUCGAGGAUAAUGAAGGGAACCUGCCCUUGCACUUGGCUGCCAAAGAAGGCCACCUUCCGGUAGUGGAGUUCCUUGUAAAGCAUACCGCCAGCAAAGUGGGGCAUCGGAACCAUCAGGGGGACACCGCCUGCGACUUGGCCAGGCUCUACCGCAGAAACGAGGUCGUUAGCCUGAUGGAGGGAAACCAGGCGGAGGGAGCUCCGAAUCUGCAAUGAAUGUGGGGAGGGCUCUCCCACACUGCCUUCUAUUUUGUCAGCUAACUGAUUGGCUGCCCUAUUUUAAUAUCAUUUGUUAAAAUUCAGUUUUGUCAUAUUUUAAGCAGCUAGUUAAACCUUCUGAAACUGCUAAGUGGAAAUCUUACCAAAAGUUUAUGAAUAUAUUUAAGCAACAUCUUUUUCACCUGCAAAAUCCUGAGUUCUAACAUAUAAUCGCAAAUAGCUUUGAUUUUCUUCUGCAUAUUUUAUCUUUCCCAGACUUUUCUCCUUGCUUUUUCCUUCGCCAGUCUCAGUACCCAACUUGGAGACUUUGUUUUAAAAAUGGUGUCCUGAUGCUUCUUUUGCCUGAUUAAAACACUUUUUCAAAACAGGA